AUGUGGAAACUAACACAAUGUACAUUGACGUAUCUAAAUUUAUCCCAUCAGAUAGAUGACAGUGAAUUUGACAUUCCGGAGUUGGAAAAAACACCAACGUUGGACAGUAUUUUGCAUGAGCCUGAUGACCAUUACGAAUUUGAUACUGAGACAUUUACUGCACUAAAUACCAAACAUGGUGAUCUAGGAUUUGAUGAAUCAUCUACCAAUGACAGCAAAGACAUAAGAACCAGGAAUCAGAAAACCAAAAGUAAUGUUCAUUAUGAGGCCCAUGGUUCAGUCUUGCGUCAUGUGAUGCUUCGAGGAAUGUCAUCCCAAGUUGUGUCUGCAGCGGAUCGUGUAGAUGCAGGAAAGCCAACUUCUAUGGCUGUUUCUAAGUUCAUCUCCAUUGGUACUUCACAUGGACUAAUUCUUGUUUUUGAUCCUAAGCAGGUGCUCAAGUGGUGUCUUGGAAGCAAGGCAGUUGGAGCACAGUAUGGAGCUGUUACUGCCCUUAGUAUUAAUAUGGAUUGCUCUAGACUGUUGGCUGGCUUUGCCAAAGGACAGAUGACUAUGUGGGACUUGACCACUGGUAAACUGUUGCGUACCAUCACUGAUGCCCAUCCUGCUGGCUCAGCUGUCCUUCACAUCAAGUUCACUGAUGACCCCACACUCGCCAUCUGCAGUGAUAGUGGUGGAUCUGUGUUCGAACUUAGCUUCAAAUGUUGCUUUGCAGCUUGUACGUUUUUUAUUUUCUUAAGUCCAUACAGCUUGCACACAAGCUCUUCUAAGUUGUUGUAA